UCGACCUGGGACGGCCCAAGUCUCGACCGAACCGGCACCUACCAGACGACGCUCGAUUCCCCUCGCUCCUAGGGUUAGCAACCGCCCCCGCCGCCGCCGCCGCCGCCGCCCCCGCCCCGGCGCCGCAGAUACACACUCCUCUCUUCCCUACUCGACCACAUCCAUUCGACGUCGCCCAGCCCCAGCCAUCGACGACGCGACCCUGACGCCCUCGUCUGCUCCCACCGCCGUCGGACUGCAUCCACCCGACUCCCUCCUCUGGCCCCGACGACGCAACCCCACCGGUAUCCAAGGUCUCACCAGCGCGGCUAGUCGGAGGUGUGGCGGCGAGCGCGCGGGGAUGAUGGAGGACGUCGGCUCCGGUGACGCGACAGCGCAAGGCAGCCGAUCUCAAGACCCCAUGACGCCGCCAGAUCUGUCCCCGCCGCCUCCUUUCUCAGGGCCCACUGGACGUUCGAAAUCCCCCACGGUGAGAAGUUAUGUUAUGGAAACUGAAGACUUGUUUGUGCCUGUUUGGGUAAAAAACUACAGUGAGAAAAGAAGGAAGAACUGGGUGCCGUCAUCGUCUGAUCUCAAACUACUUUCGCUCAAUCGUCUUAAACAGCAACAAGCUUGUGAGGAUAACCGCAAGGUGGCUGUGAAGGAUGUAAGUUGGAGGAAGAAGUGGGUGGUGGCGUGGAUGGAUGUGGUGAGUAGGAAGAUGUGUGUGUCAUAUACAGACAUAAUCAUCAUGGUCAUGCUUGUCAUAGCCGCCAUCCCGCAUGACGAGGACUACCACGACUUUGCUGACCAACGCACACUUUUCCUUGGGAUCCCUAAUACGCUGAAUGUGAUCUCAACGAUCCCCCUCUUUUUUGUCGGUCUCGCCGGGCUCAUCCUUAACCACUGCAAAAGCUAUUUUAGGCUAUGGUCACAGGGGGAUCUCUACACACUCUUUGCUGGUGUCAGUGCUGCUGGCUUUGGUUCAUGCUAUUACCAUCUCAACCCAGAAAAUGGCACCCUAUUUUGGCACAAAUUGCCAAUGGUGACCACUUUCACAUGUUUUGAGGCCGUUUUCAUUAUUGAAAGUUUUGAUGAUUGGGCAAGAACAAAGUCCCUUGCAUCAACAAGCUACUGGUUAUGGGCAGCAGGACUGUACCUCCUUGCUAGAGUAGAAGAGGUUGCGGACAAACAAAUUUAUAGGUGGACUCUUCAGAUUGUUAGUGGGCAUACUCUUGGUCAUUUAUGUGUUUCGAUGGUACCUCUUUUUUUGAUUCUCAUGUUAGCAGAAAGGACAAGGCCAGUUGAACUAGAAAGACGCAUGGUUCCAGUGGAUCAUCAACUAAAUCUUACUUCCAUGGUCUGCUUAUUGGUGCCCAAGAUGAUCUUCCUCUGGGUGCCCAUGAUACAGGUUAGUGUCAUCAUUUGCGAAAUCGGCAUUCUGAUGAUGGAGUUUGGUGCUCGUUCUGUUAAUCAGGCAAAGAUCUCUGACGAUCAAGCAACAUUAGAAACCCCAAUUCGUGCUUGGGAAACUCUGUCACGAAUUCAUGGCCUUUGGGGGAUGGACAUUUACAAGAAUAAGGUGCUUCAGUUUUUACAGAGUGAGCGGUCGGAUGAGUCCUUUCUUGGACUAUGGGGCCCGCCGGGUGUUGGCAAGACGCGACUUCUUUCACUCAUUGCUGCUAGCUAUGCCGAUUCAUUCCGUCACAUCUUAUUUCUUGAUGGUGGCAGCAGCGUGAUAGUUAUGCAACAUCAUCUUGCUUCUUUCUUGAAAUUGGAUUGGGAGACGAUGUCGGCGUUAGAGGAGCAUUGCCGAGCUAAGAUCAUCACUGACAUUCUUGUGCAAGAUAGUUUUUUUGCUUCUAUUAGACAACCUUUAUGAUGGACCCUACCCAGACUUGGUAGCUGUUGGUUUGCCGAUGCCUCUUGGGUGUCAUCAAAAGGUUCUUACAUCAAGGAGAGAGGGUGUGUGGAUUCAUGGAAUGCACGAUAUCAAAUAUUGUGCAGAUGAAGUGCCUCGGGGACGAAGAUGCUUGGAGACUUUUCAAGUACCAUGCGGGAGUUGAAAUCACAGAAGCUGAUGCUGAAAUUUACGAUUAUGCAAAACAGAUGGUCCGGGCAUGUGGUGGGUUGCCUAGAGGCAUAUGUGCCCUUGGCAAAGGCGUUGCCCGAGUGACUCGUGGUGGUAAGGAUCUAUUUGCUUGGCAGCUCGCGUACAGGAAAACCAUGGGAAGAAUUCGACAUCCCGAGCAAAUGCCAGAAAUAGCGUAUGUUCUGGUCUAGGCAACUUGUGCGUGGCUCCUAGGAGCUGUAGAGACAUGGUUGGACUUCAUUACGUGUUGCUGCCACAAUGAAGUGUUGGAAGAGUCCAGAUGGCGGCAGUUUGAUGCUUACUUGUGACUAUGGUGUGAUAUGUUUGAUGAUAUUACUUUUUCUAGUAUGUGUUUUCUUGACUUGUCAGUCUUCUGAUGCGUAAACACACAGCAGAACACCUUCAUGCUCC